AUGUGGGGGAUAUCGAGAGCGCGUUUCGCCAAUUGUAGCGGCUCAGAGGCGAGCGAAGAGACAGAAAUUGUGGUGAAUGUCGGCGGCGUCAAACAGGUGCUGUACGGAGAUGUAUUGAACCGCUAUCCGGAGACGCGUUUAGCCGAGCUGGCAAACCACGUUACGGAGAACUCCGGUGAACUUUCUGCCUUGUGUGAUGAUUACGACGCAGAGAGAGGUGAAUUUUACUUUGACAGAGACCCAGAUUCCUUCAAAUGCAUUACUGAACUCUACUACUAUGGAGAAGUGCACAUGAAACGAGGUAUAUGCCCGAUGUGUUUUAUGAAGGAAAUGGAGUUCUGGAGGAUCGAUCCAGACUUCUUGGACGAGUGCUGUAAGAGCAGUCUGAAUGAGAUGGAGACCGAGCUGGCGGAGAUCGCAGAGAAGGUCCGGACCAUCCUCGACGAUAUGGAGGGUGACCCCUCAGCCAGCGCGAGCCAGCGAUGCCAGGCAAUGUUGUGGAAGCUCGUGGAGAAACCAGAGUCUUCGUUGCCUGCUCGCGUUAUUGCUAUCGUCUCCUUCCUCCUCAUCCUCCUCUCCUCUGUCGUUUUGUGUGUGGGCACCAUCCCAGAACUCCUGUCAGAGGAUGAGGAGGGCAACCCAAUGGAGCAUCCCACCUUGGAGACCAUCGAGACGGUCUGUAUUGGCUGGUUCACGGUGGAAUACGUGUUGCGUCUGAUCUCCUCUCCAAACAAGCUUCAUUUUAUGCUGUCUUUCAUGAACAUUGUUGACUUCUUGGCCAUCAUGCCUUUCUACUUGGUGCUCAUUCUGACCCAUCUGAACACGGCCGUGAUGGAGCUAGCCAACGUGCAACAGGCCAUUCAAGCUCUACGCAUCAUGCGUAUUGCCCGUAUCUUUAAACUGGCUCGUCACUCCUCGGGUCUACAGACCCUCACAUACGCUCUGAAAAACAGUUUUAAAGAACUAGGCUUGCUGCUCAUGUACAUGGGAGUGGGAAUCUUCCUGUUCUCCGCUUUAGGUUACACUAUGGAGCAAAGCCACCCAGACACCAUGUUUACCAGCAUUCCCCAAUCUUUUUGGUGGGCCAUUAUUACAAUGACGACCGUUGGCUACGGUGACAUCUACCCGAAGACUACGCUCGGUCGCUGUAACGCGGCUGUUAGUUUUCUGUGCGGCGUUAUCGCUAUCGCUUUGCCCAUCCACCCAAUCAUCAACAACUUUGUCAUCUUCUACAGCAAACAACGCAUGCUUGAGACCGCCGCUAAACACGAGAUAGAACUCAUGGCGCUUCGGUCUAGUGAGGCACAGGAUAAGGGACACGAGGGACGCUUGAGGACGCGACGGUCAGUCGCAGGUGCCGGUUCGGUUUGGGACAGCACUAUGCGUGCGUCUCAAAGCGAUACUUACAUUCCGUUACUUGGUGACUCUGCUCAGCAGACGCCCACCCAGACAUGUAAGAACAACUAG